AUGCAUAACGAUAACCACCCCUUUCCUAGACGAGAAAGCUCCAAUCGAACCUCUUCGGUUCUUAAAGCGGGAAUUCAAGCAAUGGAUAACCAGACCAAAGAGGCGUUGGCAGUGAUUGCAAAGCUCUCAUCGGAUCCCACACAUAUUCUUCCCGUCCUUGAGAAAUGCACCGAGGUCUACAAUGCCAUUCUUGAGAGUGAUCAGAGAUCCAUUGAAGCCAUCGAUAAUCGUAACCAUGUGCAAUUGAGCACGGAGCUAGGCGCCAAUGUGGAAAAUGCACUCUGUUGUGACGAUGAAUUUACGAACGUAAAGGUCGAGUCCCCGACGAGGGAAAUGGAUGCAUUGCUUGGAAAGAUCAUUACCAACACAUUCAGCAUUGGGUUCGACAUGGUCCACUUCUGGAAAUACGGAUUAAAAGGAUAA